AUGGACCUAUGGCUGGGGCGCGCCAAGUUGCACCUGGUGAGGCCUCGCGGCUCGCCUGUCGUGCACGGACGUGAGUGGACUUUUUGGAGCAGUAUGGGUUGCCGCGCGACACAGGACUGUUUACAUCUGGUCGCUGAUUCACGACGUCUGCGACCUGACCGCGUGCGCACACUGCUUGUGUGUUCCCCCGCUCCUUCGUGCCAAACAGGGGCCGGGCAAAUCUCUGUGAAACGACAACGUCCUUCCCUCUCCCUUUGCGGAACGUCGGCGUCGUCAAGCCAUCCAAAUAUCAACAGCCUACCCGCAUGUGCGCUGUAA